AGAGAGAGAGAGAGAUCAUAACAGAGGAGGGAUCAGCAGGUCUGUGUGCGCAGUUUAACUUUAAUGUAAAUUGACACACAGGUAUCAGGGAGUGUAUCCGAUCGGAGUGUUGGUGAGAUGGAUGAUGGGAAGCCGGUGUGGGCGCCUCACCCUACUGAUGGGUUCCAGCUGGGCACCAUUGUGGACAUUGGUGCUGACAGUCUGACCAUCGAACCCCUCAAGGAGAAGGGAAAGACGUUUCUCGCUCCCGUCAGCCAAGUGUUCCCGGCCGAGGACGACGUCACCAAGCAUGUCGAGGACAAUUGUUCCUUGAUGUACUUGAACGAGGCUACGCUUCUGAACAACGUCCGCAUGCGCUAUAGUAAAGAUAAAAUUUAUACGUAUGUAGCCAACAUCCUGAUAGCGGUGAAUCCCUACGUUGACAUCCCGAAGCUCUACUCUCCCGACACCAUGAAGCAGUACCGGGGCCGAUCCCUGGGGACGCUCCCACCGCACGUGUACGCCAUCGCUGAUAAAGCUUACCGUGACAUGAAGGUGCUGAAGAUGAGCCAGUCGAUCAUCGUCUCUGGAGAAUCGGGCGCCGGAAAGACGGAAAACACAAAGUUUGUACUUCGGUAUUUAACGACGUCAUACGGGACGGGUCAAGACAUCGAUGAGAGGAUAGUUGAAGCUAAUCCUCUGUUGGAGGCAUUCGGGAACGCUAAAACAGUCCGCAACAACAACAGCAGCCGCUUUGGCAAGUUUGUGGAGAUUCAUUUUAACGAAAAGAACACGGUGGUCGGGGGUUUCGUGUCUCAUUACCUCCUGGAGAAAUCACGAAUCUGCAGACAGGGGAAGGAGGAGAGGAACUACCACAUCUUCUACAGGUUGUGUGCCGGAGCACCAGAGGACAUCCGGGAGAAAUUUCACCUGUCUUCUCCCAACACGUUCAGGUACCUAAACCGAGGAUGCACACGCUACUUUGCUACAAAGGACACGGACCAGAAACUGUUGAAGAAUUGCAAGAGCCCAGAGCACCUGAAGGCAGGCCCUCUGACGGACCCGCUGCUGGAUGACCACUGCGAUUAUAACCGCAUGGCGGUGGCCAUGAAGAAGAUCGGCCUGGGCGAUACAGAGAAGCUGGACCUGUUCAAGGUUGUGGCUGGAGUCCUCCACCUCGGCAACAUUGACUUCGAGGAAGCGGGCAGCACUUCAGGAGGCUGUAAUUUAAAGAAACAGUCAAGUACAGCUCUGGAGUACUGUGCCGAGCUGCUGGGUUUGGACGAAGAAGACCUCCGAGUCAGUCUCACCACUAGAGUCAUGCUCACAACAGCAGGAGGCGCUAAAGACACUUCUAUCAAGGUUCCUCUAAAAGUGGAGCAGGCCAAUAACGCUCGUGACGCUUUGGCGAAAGCAGUUUACAGCCGUCUCUUCGAUCAUGUUGUCACCCGAGUCAAUCAGUGCUUCCCCUUCGACUCCUCUGCUAAUUUCAUCGGCGUGCUGGACAUCGCCGGUUUCGAAUAUUUCGAGCACAACAGUUUUGAGCAGUUCUGCAUCAACUACUGUAAUGAGAAGCUGCAGCAGUUCUUCAAUGAGCGCAUCCUCAAAGAGGAGCAGGAGCUGUAUCAGAAAGAGGGCCUGGGAGUGAACGAGGUGAAAUACGUCGACAAUCAGGACUGCAUAGAUCUGGUAGAGGCAAAGCUAGUGGGCAUCUUGGACAUUUUGGAUGAAGAAAACCGUCUACCUCAGCCAAGCGAUCAGCACUUUACCGAAAUGGUCCACAGCAAGCACAAAAACCACUUCCGCUUAUGUGUUCCCAGGAAGUCGAAGCUCACAGUGCACAGGAACGUGCGGGAUGACGAAGGGUUCAUUAUCAGACAUUUCGCCGGAGCAGUGUGUUAUGAGACGAUAAAGUUCGUGGAGAAGAACAACGACGCCCUGCACAUGUCCUUGGGGAGUCUCAUUAGCGAGUCGAAGGAUGCGUUUAUACGCCAGCUCUUCGAGAACUCCAACAGCUCCAAAGACGUCAAGCAGAAAGCCGGCAAGCUCAGCUUCAUCAGCGUGGGCAACAAAUUCAAGACCCAGCUGAACAUCCUGCUAGACAAGCUGCGCAGUACGGGCUCCGGGUUUAUCCGCUGCGUGAAGCCCAACUUGAAGAUGGUGAGCCACCAGUUUGAGGGCUCGCAGAUCCUGUCGCAGCUCCAGUGCUCAGGGAUGGUGUCGGUUCUGGACUUGAUGCAGGGUGGCUUCCCAUCCCGUGCUCCCUUCCACGAGCUCUACAACAUGUACAAGCAGUACAUGCCUCCCAAACUCACCCGCCUGGACCCCCGGCUCUUCUGCAAGGCUCUGUUCAAAGCUUUGGGCCUGAAUGAAAAUGACUACAAGUUCGGACUCACUCGAGUCUUCUUCAGACCUGGAAAGUUUGCAGAGUUUGACCAGAUAAUGAAGUCAGAUCCGGAUCAUCUGGCGGAACUGGUGAAACGGGUCAACAAGUGGCUCAUCUGCAGCCGCUGGAAGAAGGUCCAGUGGUGUGCUCUGUCCGUUAUCAAAUUGAAGAAUAAGAUCCUGUAUCGUGCCACUGCCUGCAUUAAGAUGCAGAAAACUGUACGCAUGUGGCUGUGCAAGAGAAAACACAAACCUCGUGUUGAUGGCCUGGUGAAGCUGCGCAGCCUGAAGAAGCGCAUUGGCAUGCUGAACGAGGCUGUGACCGGCCUCAAAGAGAGCAAACCGGAAAUGAGCAAACAGGUCCAGGACCUGGACACCUCGAUUGACGCACUCAUGCGCAAGAUUAAGUGCACUGUGAUGAGCCGCAUGGACAUGGAUCACGAGCAUCAAGCGCUGGUGACGCGCUCCGAGCACCUCCUCGGUGCCAUGCAGAAACAGAAGCAGGAGGAGGAGAAGCGCGAGAGGCUGCGCCGCAUCCAGGAGGAGAUGGAUAACGAGAAGAAGAGGAUGGAGGAAGAGGAGAGACUCCGCAAGCAAGCAGAGGAAGACAGGCGCCUGAAAGCGGAAAUGGAGUUGAAAAGGAAGCAGGAAGAAGAGGAAAGGAAAAGGAGAGAGGAAGAAGAGAGAAGAUUGCAGGAGGACAUGGAGCGACAGCUACAGGCCGAGCAAGAGGAACAAGUGGCUCGGCAGGCCAUUCUCGAGCAGGAGAGGCGGGACCGAGAGCUGGCACUGCGAAUCGCUCAGAAUGAGACGGAGCUCAUCCCCGAGGACACGGGAGAUGGCGGAAUACGCAGUAAUGGCAGCUUCCCAUCAUCUCCUGAGAGAUCAGCAUUUCCCGCGCCGCAAAAACUUAAAGGUUUGACCAUGGAAGAAAUGGCCCAGGAAAUGUCCGAGCUUCUGGCUAGAGGUCGGCAAUCGCAGUCCACGAAGGCUGCACCAAGCACCAAGAAGCACGAUCUUAGCAAGUGGAAGUACGCCGAGCUCCGAGACGCCAUCAACACUUCCUGCGAUAUCGAGCUGUUGGAGGCAUGCCGGGAGGAGUUCCACCGCAGGCUGAAGGUCUACCAUGCCUGGAAAUCGAAGAACAAGAAACGCAAUGCCGAGACCGAGCAGAGGACUCCUAAAUCCGUUACGGAUUAUGCCCAGACCCACGCGGCUCCUCCAAUCCCGGCCCGGCAACAUGAGACGCAGUUGAACCAGCCGCAGCGGUACUUCCGGAUUCCCUUCGUCCGCCCCGGCGAUCAGUACAAAGAUCCACAGAAUAAGAAGAAGGGUUGGUGGUACGCGCACUUCGAUGGGUCGUGGAUCGCCAGGCAGAUGGAGCUGCACCCUGAUAAAAAUCCCAUUGUGCUUGUGGCUGGCAAGGACGACAUGGAGAUGUGUGAGCUGAAUUUGGAGGAGACCGGUCUGACCCGUAAGCGCGGAGCGGAAAUCCUCGCCCGGCAGUUCGAGGAGAUCUGGGAGCGCUGCGGAGGGGUCCAGUAUCUUAGGAACGCCAUCGAGAGCCGACAGGCGCGGCCCACCUUCGCCACUGCCAUGCUGCAGAACCCGUUCAAGUAGACACGUUCAACCACACACUCGGUCGGUCAAGCGCUAAACCGCAGCCACGGGUAGACACACGCACACGCAUUAUAUCUUCACUGUUAAAACCAUGACCGUACUGUGUGAAAGGCACAACACACAUAACAAGCUUUUUAAGUUGAAGCUAAGAAUACAUAGUUAGAAUUUAGAUAGUUAAUUCACUUUAGACUUGUUUUUAUUCAGAUUUGGUCCUUCGCCCUCUUAAUUAGUUCCCUCUCGCUUGGUUUUUGUUCUUUAAAUCUGUCGCAUUGAUUUUCUGUGGUGCACUAGUAUGGUUUGCGCCCCCCCCCUCCCUCCGCCCCCCACAACAUUUUUCUUCAGGAAAAUCCAUAACUCCACAACUUUGAGGCCUUAAUAACUGCAAUCCUUUCAAUAUGAAUCUCAGUGCACCAUUUUGUAUAUUGUCAGAUAAAUAUUGAUAAGCAAGUGUUAAUAAUUCUGUCGUUUCUGUUUCCGCGACUGUAUAGUUCUCACAGCUUCCUGAAAGACUUCUUUAUAUUUAAAUGAAAAUAGAUUAGAUGAAGAAUUUCAUUAACUCGGGUGGAAAAGAAAACUCACUUUCUUCCUCUUUAACUUAAACAUUGCACAUAAGUACAGUAAUAGUUGUAAUAAUGAUAACACUAGGUUUAUAUCGUCUGUUAAUCAUUUACAUGGUAAUGAUAGCGUUUAGAUGGUCGGUUACUGUUUACACUCGAGUACAAACCCGUGUCUAAAUGAUGCACUAUAUUUUCCUGAUAUUUUCUAGCAUUCCUAUAUAUAUAAAUAUAUAAAUAUAUAAAACCUCUAUCUUUAAGCUGUACCUGAUGAUCUUCCAGCUUCAACUGAAUGUACAGAAAUUUUUACACAACAUACUUUAAGAUGUAGAAUUGAGGACUAAAUUGUUUCACUGAAUAAUUUUUUUAAAAUCAUAUUUCUUUUGUUGAAAUCGUUCCUGAAGGAUUAACAUUUGUUUUGGAGAAAAAAUACAACUAUAAUGUUGUGUCUACAGUAAAUUAUACAUGUUUUUCUUUUGUCGUCGUUGUUGUUGUCAGUAAAUGAAGUGUAACGAAAUUUAUGCAAUACUGUAACUUUUUCAGUUGUGUUUGCCCUGGUUUUUGGUUGGACCAAAUAUGUAUUCCACCAACAGCAAAAACGAAACUAAUGACUUUAGGAAUUUUGUACGAAGCUAAACAGUGUGCAUGGCCUCACAAACUGGAAUAAACUUCUUUUCAUUGUCCA